GUGGCGUUGAUGUUGUGACUUCAGAAAAAUUGCGCCAAAUCUCCUGUCUUCUGUGAUUCGGCUGAUAUAAGAUCUCUGCUUCUUCUUCUAGAAAUAUUCUCAUCUUUCAAGUUGGAGCAGGAGUAACUCUGUGACCGCACAUACUACCUGAAGAAAAGAUGGAGUUUAUUAAAGAGGAGAGUGAAGACAUCAGUAUUCCAGAUCUGUGUGCAAUAAAAAAGGAAGCUAUGGAGGAACAUAAAGACCAGAUGGAAGAGAAAAAGGAAAGCCAAGAACUAAAUGAAGAGGAGAAGAAAUAUCACCAUCAGAAACCUGCUGAUUUCAUAACUGGACAAAAAUCGUAUAGUUGCUCACAGACUGAAAUGAAUUUUGCACUAAAAAGAACAAAAGCAGAAAAAGCCAUGUGCCCUCAAUGUGGAAAGAGUUUCACAAAAAAAGGAAACCUUAAGAGUCACAUAAAAAUUCACACUGGAGAGAAGGCUUUCACUUGUCUUCAGUGUGGAAAAAGUUUCAUACAGAAAGUACACCUUUCUAUACACACGAGAAUUCACACUGGAGAGAAGCCUUUCACAUGUCUUCAGUGUGGAAAGAGUUUCAGACACAAAGUACACCUUACAAAUCACAUGAGAAUUCACACUGGAGAGAAGCCUUAUACAUGUCUUCAGUGUGGAAAGAGUUUCAGACAAAGAGUAAACCUUACAAAUCACAUGAGAAUUCACACUGGAGAGAAACCUUUCACUUGCAAUAAGUGUGGAAAAAGUUUUGCAGAAAAAAAGAGUAUUAAAACCCACAUAAGAAUUCACACUGGAGAGAAGCCUUUUACAUGUCUUCAGUGUGGAAGGAGUUUCAGACACAAAGUAAACCUUACAAAUCAUAUGAGAAUUCAUACUGGAGAGAAACCUUUCACUUGUUCUCAGUGUGGAAAAAGUUUUGCAGAUAAAAAGAGCAUUAAAAUCCACAUAAGAGAUCACACUGGAGAGAAGCUUGAUGCAUGUCUUCAGUGUGGAAAGAAUUUCAGACACAAAGUAAACCUUACAAAUCACAUGAGAAUUCACACUGGAGAGAAGCCUUAUUCAUGUCAUCAGUGUGGAAAGAGUUUCUCAAGUUCAAGUAGCCUAAAAAGGCAUAGAAAUGUUCAUUCAGAAAAUAAAUUACACCACUGUUCACAUUGUGGCAAGAGUUUUAAUCAGGCAAGAAAACUCAAAAAUCAUCAGCGCUCUCACUCUGGCUUCACAGACAAAAAUACCCUUGAGAAUCACAUGAAAAUUCCGUUUUGACACACACAUAUCAAAUUGAAGAACAAACAGGUGUGACUUCAUUUAGAACAAAAUCUGGCCAAAAAGGUGGUUAGUUUGUUUCGGUGGUUCGUAAUGGCUCGCCAGGGUGAACUUUCAGGAAAACUUCGUACCGACUGCUCAACACCUUCCUACCAUUAGUUCACGUCAUCGGUACUGUAGGUGUGACAUGGAGCUCCACCUACUUUGAGACCUACAGCUCAUUCCUGUUCAGUCAGUUAAGAUUAGUCAACAUGAACACACCGCUAUUCUUAGCUAGCGAGCUGGGACUGUAAUCACAAAAAAUCUUAAGGCUAAAAGCAGUUAACGUGGAAAUUUAUGAGCAACACUUAAAAAUUAGGGGCGUGCUACUUUAAAAGUGAUUCAUGAAGCAUUUCAAUGCUUCCUAAACCCACAACACCAAAGAAGUCCUCCUGAGGACUUUUAAAUCCAUAAAAGUGACUCACAAAUGAUCUGUAGCAUGUCUGCUGCCGUCAAUUGUUAAGAAAUAAACCUUUUAAAAAGUUAUCUUCUGAAUUGCAAGGGUGUUUUCAUGAUUACUAUAUUAGUUAGAGAUGGAUUUAACUCUCCCACAAAUCGAAACAACCCAGUUAAACCAGAGAUAAAGGUUUUGAAAAUCCUGCACUUACUGGCCACAGGAAAAAUAAAACUGUGUUGCAUGGAUUAAUUAGGAAUUUCAGUCAUCCGUCAGCAGAAUCAUCUAACUAUAUAUGCCCUCUCCAGAACGCACAUUAUCCGACAAUUUGAUAGUUUAUAUUGUAUGUUUUCUUUUGGAUGCAUGCUCAUUGCAGAGAAAAAGGCAGCAUUCACGGCCAUCGCGGGGCUACACGGUGUAGUUGAUACAGUAGACGGGACACACGAUUGUUUCAUUGCACCAACUAUAAAUCUCUGUAUUUUUGUGCAUUCAGCUUUCCUUCAACCCUAACCAUUCCCCCAGUCCCUGCUGCAGAAAAACACCCCCACAGCGUGAUGCUACCACCACCAUGCUUCACCAUUGGGAUGGUAUUGCGCAGGUGAUAAGCGGUGCCUGGUAUCCUCCAGACAUGACGCUUAGAAUUGAGGCCAAACAGUUUUCGUUUCAUCAGACCAGAGAAUCUUGUUUUUCAUGGUCUUGAGAGUCCUUUAGGUGCUUUUUUGCAAAUUCCAAGUGGGCUUUCAUGUGUCUUGCACUGAGGAGAGGCUUCCGUCUGGCCACUCUGCCAUAAAGCCCAGCUCGGUGGAGCGUUGCAGUGAUGGUUGUCUUUCUGCAAGUUUCUCCCAUCUCCACGCAUGAUCUCUGGAGCUCAACCAGAGUGACCAUCAGGUUCCAUCUGCAGGCAGUUCCUUUGACAUCAUGGCUUGGUUUUUGCUCUGAUAUGCAUUUUCAGCUGUGAGUCUUUAUAUAGACAGGUGUGCGCCUUUCCAAAUUAUGUCCAAUCAAUUGAAUUUGCCACAGAUGGACUCCAUUCAAAGUGUAGAAACAUCUCAAAUAUGAUCCAGAGAAAUGGGAUGCACCUGAACUAAAUUUCAAGUGUCAUAGCAAAGGGUCUGAAUACUUAUGACAAUGUGAUAUUUCAGUUUUUUCUUUUUUAAUAAAUU